UCCUCUUUUCUCUCAUUUUCAUAUUUUCACAUUCUCUGUAUGACUAUCUAUAAGACGACGUUCUCGAGUUGAAUAAUAUAUACUUAUAUACAUAUAAUAGUAUAUAUUUAUAUUUUUAUAUAAUAUCUAGAGACACAUACGCACAGAGAAGAGAACAAAGACCGGAUCAGAUCUUUAUUAUCCUCCUGUUUAUAUUCUCUCAGAUCUCUCAAACCCAAAUCUAAAAAGUGAAAAAUGGCGCAUAUUUUGCUACAUGGGUCGCUUCACGCCACGAUCUAUGAGGUCGAUAAGUUGCGUGGUAAAGGAGGUGGCAAUUUCUUCAGCAAGCUUGUGGAUAACAUCCAAGAGACUGUCGGUUUGGGCGAUGGAGUUACCAAACUCUAUGCCACUAUUGACCUGGAAAAGGCUAGGGUUGGAAGAACCAGAAUUAUAGAAAAGGAACACUCCAACCCUAGGUGGUUUGAGUCUUUUCACAUUUACUGUGCUCAUUUGGCUUCAAAUGUCGUAUUCACUGUCAAAGAUGACAAUCCUAUUGGAGCAACAUUAAUUGGAAGAGCAUACGUACCUGUUGCGGACAUCUUGGAUGGGGAAGAAGUGGACAGAUGGGUUGAAAUAUUGGAUGAAGACAAAAAUCCUAUCCACGGAAAUUCUAAGAUUCAUGUGAAGCUCCAAUUCUUCGAUGUUACGAAGGACCGCAAUUGGGGACUUGGUAUUAGAAGUCUUAAAUUUCCUGGAGUUCCAUAUACGUUUUUCUCCCAGAGACAAGGAUGCAAGGUCUCCCUGUAUCAAGAUGCUCAUGUCCCAGAUAAUUUCAUUCCUCCAAUCCCCCUUGCCUCUGGCAAGAACUAUGAGGCCCACAGAUGUUGGGAGGAUAUCUUUGAUGCAAUCUCUAAUGCUAAACACUUGAUCUACAUUACUGGCUGGUCUGUUUACACCGAAAUUUCUCUGGUAAGAGACUCUAGGAGGCCAAAGCCUGGUGGAGACAUUAAGCUGGGAGAUCUGCUUAAUAAGAAGGCAAGUGAAGGUGUUAAAGUUCUUAUGCUUGUUUGGGAUGACAGAACGUCUGUGGAUUUGUUGAAGAAGGAUGGACUAAUGGCCACGCAUGAUGAAGAUACUGAAAACUUCUUCAGAAACAGUGAUGUACAUUGUGUUUUGUGCCCUCGCAAUCCCGAUGAUGCUGGAAGUUUUAUUCAGAACGUGCAAAUAUCAACCAUGUUCACUCACCACCAGAAGAUUGUUGUUGUUGACAGUGAAUUACCUGGUUCAGGAUCAGAUAAAAGGAGAAUAGUAAGUUUCGUUGGGGGUAUUGACCUAUGUGAUGGGAGAUAUGAUACUGCCUUCCACUCACUUUUCAGGACACUGGAUAGUGCCCACCACGAUGAUUUCCACCAGCCAAACUUUCCCGGGGCAGCCAUCAAUAAAGGUGGCCCGAGAGAGCCGUGGCACGACAUCCACUCUAAGCUAGAAGGUCCCAUUGCUUGGGAUGUCCUGUUUAACUUUGAGCAGAGGUGGAGAAAGCAAGGUGGUAAGGAUAUACUCGUUCCCCUCAGAGAGCUUGAUGAUGUCAUCAUUCCUCCAUCCCCUGUCAUGUAUCCUGAGGACCACGAGUCUUGGAAUGUUCAGUUGUUCAGAUCUAUUGAUGGUGGUGCAGCUUUUGGUUUCCCUGACACACCCGAAGACGCAACCAAAUCUGGGCUUGUGAGUGGGAAGGAUAACAUCAUUGAUCGAAGCAUUCAGGAUGCUUACAUCAAUGCCAUUCGACGUGCAAAGAACUUCAUCUAUAUUGAAAACCAGUACUUCCUUGGAAGCUCUUAUGCAUGGAGUGCUGAUGGCAUUAAGCCAGAGGAUAUUAACGCUUCGCAUCUAAUUCCGAAGGAGCUGUCCCUGAAGAUUACCAGCAAGAUUGAAGCAGGUGAGAGGUUUACCGUCUACAUUGUUGUCCCAAUGUGGCCAGAGGGGAUCCCAGAGAGUGGAUCUGUUCAGGCAAUAUUAGACUGGCAGAGGAGGACAAUGGAGAUGAUGUACAAAGAUAUUAUUCAGGCACUAAAGGCUAGGGGUAUUGUGGAGGAUCCUAGGAACUACUUGACAUUUUUCUGCCUUGGAAAUCGGGAGGUAAAGAAGCCAGGAGAAUAUGAACCUUCUGAAAAACCCGAUGAGGAUACAGAUUAUAUUAGAGCCCAGGCAGCACGGCGCUUCAUGAUAUAUGUCCACACUAAGAUGAUGAUUGUUGAUGAUGAAUACAUAAUCAUUGGAUCUGCCAACAUCAACCAAAGGUCAAUGGAAGGUGCCAGGGACACCGAGAUUGCCAUGGGAGCCUACCAACCGUGCCAUUUAUCCACCCGCGAAUCAGCUCGUGGUCAGGUCCACGGUUUCCGAUUGGCCCUUUGGUAUGAGCACCUUGGCAUGCUUGAUGAAUCAUUCCUGGAGCCGGAAAGCAAGGAGUGUGUGCAGAAGGUGAACCGGAUUGCUGACAAGUACUGGGAUCUCUACUCAAAUGAGACACUUGAACAUGAUCUUCCAGGCCAUUUGCUUCGCUAUCCUAUUGGCGUUGCCAGUGAAGGAGACAUCACUGAGCUGCCAGGAUUCGAGUUCUUCCCAGACACCAAGGCUCGUGUUCUUGGAACCAAAUCUGAUUACCUCCCUCCAAUCCUUACUACUUAGUGAGUUUGUGUGGUCAGUGUUUUCUACUUUAGUUCUAUUUAAAUAAUAAUAGCCUCUUUAUCGAUAUGAUGUGACAAGAUAAUAACAAUAAUAAUUUAUCGAUCAUCGUAAUCUUGUGGAAGUGUUUUGUUAAUUAUGUCAGGAUGUUCAUAGCAGGUUUAUUGUGGUAUUUGCUAUGGUGUAUUUCUAACUAGUGGCUUUGCUUGAAUUAUGAGAUCUGUUUUUGUAUGGUAAAUGUAUGUUUAUUUUCUUGUUAUACCGA